AUGAAUUUCAAAAUUGAUGCAUCAAAGUCUGAAGAUAAUGUUAAAUCUCUAGAUGAAGCAAAAGAAUCAUAUUUUUCUAACAGUAAAGUCUUGGAUUUUCAAAAUAUCGAUCAAUAUAAUGAUUCAAAUAACUUUGCUUCAUUCUAUGCAUUAAAUAGACUAAGUAAUCGUUUAGAAAGUAAUACUUAAAAAUAUUAAAAGAUAGAGCCUCCUAUACUUAAAACUCUUAAUCUGUGAUAUUAAUGUAAAAGUAUAAAAAACACAAAAUGAUAAGAACUGUGUUUUUUUAUAUAUAUUUAAUAAUUACAAUCUUUUAGCGCCCAACCUGGUGCAAUUUUAUUGAUUAUUAAGUAUAAACUAUGUUAUUUUAGGAAUACUGCAGCAUUUAUAAUGGUUAAAAGAUACCAACUAUGGUAGAUUUCUAUCUUCCUAUAAACUUAUACUAUUGUGUUGAAAUACUGAUCAUUUUAUAUCUUUGUUUGAGUAAAGUAUUAUAAAUGAUUAUUUCAAAGGUUUUUAAAGCAACCAUAAUAGGAUCAGAAAAUAAAAAGAGAUUUGCUAUAGCUUAACUCAUUAUAACAAUUUUAAUUAUAAUCAAUGAUAUUAUAGUAAUGAUUUAAGAAAAUAACAGUCAAAUUAAUAUAAGUUUAUUAAUGAAACCAAUAUUAAUAGUACUUUAGAAGUAUCUAAGAAUAAUUAUAAAAUUAGACGAACAUUACGUUCCACAAUAUUUCAUUAUUGUUAAAUAAUAAACAAAGGAAAAGAAAUAUAUUAUUUGAUGAUUUUUUCCUUAACUUUUUUUGCAGGAUUGGGUUCAGCAAUAUUUUAAUAAAAGGAUAAUAUAUCAUAAGAAAGUACAAUAUGUUAAAUAGAUUAACCUCCCUUUUCAUAACCAGAAUAAUGUAUAGUAAUAAUUCUAUUUGUACUUUAAACUACAGUUAAUUCUCCUGAUAUUUAUUUACCAUAUUAUGGUGAAUCUAGGGCUUACGUAGCAUAUUUUAUUUUAUUUUAAUUCAUAAACACAAUAUUAAUCAUAAAUUUAGUUUUAGCCUUUUUUUAUUCAUCUUACAAAGAUCUAAUGCAUAAAGAAACUAAAUAAAUUUUAUCAAAAUACAAUCAUAGAUUUAGUAUGAAAACUCAAAAAUUUUUUCGUAAUAGAACAGGUUCUGAUAUUACACGUUUAGCAGAUAUAUCUUCACUUGAUAAUGUAAUAUCAAGAUCAAUAUACUAAAUUUUAGAUAAUAAAUUUUAUGAAAUUUUUAUUGAAAUAAUUUCCUCAUUAUCAUUUAUUAUGAUAUUUCUUACAAUUACUAAAGUGAAAUUAUAUAUUUUACUAAUUUGCAAUUCAAUUAUGUUUGGUGAAUGCCUUUUAUUAUUAUAUUAUACUGGUAAAAGAAGGAUAUGGAGAAAAAAAUCUUUAAUUAUUGAAUUUUUUUUCUCCAGUUCAAUACUUUUUUUGAUUAUUUUAAACAUACUUGGAUAUAAUGAUCAAAAAAUAUUAUUAAUUUUAUUAUGUUAUAGAUUAUUGAGAGGAUGUAAAUGGCUAUUAAAGAAUAAAAGUUUUACAAUUUUAAUAAUUUCAAUAACAUCAAUCUUUUAAUAUAUUGUUUAAUUAUUUGGUGCAUUAUUUAUUUUGUUUAUGUUGUUUACAGCUGUCGGACAAUUACUUUUUGGGGGUAAAAUCUUCUUUUCUGAUGAAAAUUAAGUUCAUUAUGAAUUAGCUAAUUUUAAUGAUUUUUUAUCUGGAAUGUGUACAUGCUGGUUUUUAUUAAUAAUAAAUAAUUGGAAUGUAAUAUCUUUUAAUUAUGCAAAAAUAUUUAAUUCUGAUUUAGUUUACAUAUUUUUUAUUAGCUUUUAUAUUCUUGUUGUACUAUUUACACUUAAUGUCACUAUGGCAUUAUUGAUUGAAUAUAUAGUUUAAAAGAUAAAUGUUAAAAAUUAAACAGAUAUAUCAUCUUCAGAACCAUAAGAUGAAAUGUUAUCAAAUUAAUAGCCACUAAAAUGA